AUGUCAAUCCAAUCUCCCGCCAAGUGCGAAAUACGCGGCGUCAUCCGUUAUCUCGUUUGGAAGGGAAAAACUCCGGUUGAGGUUUAUAAUGAGGUAAAAACUGCAUAUGGUGAUAAAGCUAUGAAUCGUACGAGUGUGUUCAAGUGGUGUCGCGAGUUUAAAAACGGUCGUACGUCUGUGCAUGAUGAUCAGAGAAGCGGAAGACCUUCAAUUCUGACUGACGACAUUGUGGAAAAAAUCGAAAAUGCGCUCCGUGACGAUCGCAGAUUGACUGUGGAUGAACUUUCUGCGAUGUUUCCGCAAAUCUCCAGAUCUCUGCUACAUGAAACCAUCACAAAAACCCUCGGAUAUCGGAAACUGUCCACGAGGUGGGUCCCAAAACAGCUGACAGACCAACACAAAUUGAAUGAAUCGAGUGGAGGCCGGGCAAGAGUUUUUGAGACGUUACAAACUCCAUGGAGAUGA